GAAACAAACCUGACAGGAUAUAAUUCAUUCCAGGAAAUAAAACAUUUUGUUUUGCUAUACCGAUUUCUUUCUCAUUUCAAUACAUGCGCUUAAAAACAAGCUGUGAGUGUCGAUUUAUAAAGUCUUUAUUCAGAUAGACGAAUUAUGUCAGAUCGGGAAAUUGAUGCCAUACACAAGUAUGAAAGGUAUCUUGAAGAAUUUGUCAACCAGUAUGAAGAGUGGGUAAGGACUAGAAGAAGGGCCAUCAGAGAUUUAGAGCAAAUUGUGGCCGACAUGGACAGUGGUGAAUUUCAAAACAAUGUCACUCAAAUUGUAGGUAGUAGCGUUGGGGUGUUAAGCGGAAGCAUAAUGAUUGGAGCUUUGCUUCUUGCACCCUUCACAGCAGGUGCGUCUGCCGCCGUUGGUGCUGGAAUAGCAGCGGGGGUAGGUUUAGCUGGUGGAAUAACCAACCUCACUUCUGACCAAAUUGAUAAGAAUUAUGCUUUGAGAAAAUGCAAGGAAGCUGAAAACAUCAUACUAGGUGACCAAAAAAGAACAACCGACCUAGAUGAAAUCGUUUUACAGAAGCUUUGGAAACUUUGAGGGAUGUUGCUAAAUCUACAAAAAAGGAAAUAAAAACGAUGCUUAAAACCAUUAAAAGAGGAAAGAAAGUUGCGCAGGUCAUGUCGAAAACGGCAUGUUUGGUCGGGAAAGGAGGUCGAGGAAUCGGGAUGACUGCCGGAAAACUAAUUGGUA